CAAUUUUGAGGUUAUGUUGUUUGUUUGCCGCAGAUUUUUUUUGUUGUCUCAAAUUCGUUCGGACCGGCUCACCUAUAUUUUCACUAACUGCCUAUCUUUUUUAUUAAAUGUACGACAGGAAGAAUUUAUCAUUUUAUAAAGUUUCUUAAUAUAUAAGCGCUAAAGUCCUACCGAAUUAAAAGUUUGAUGUGAUGGAGUGUUUGUUUUAGUGUAAUCCAAGUUCCAAAUAAGAACAACUUGGAUAUACUGGUUUUUAUUUUAAAAUAAUAUAACAUGAGCUUUGAAAAUUUAUCACGGAAUCAGAAGAUUCGUGCAACGCUGCACCGUGAUGUACGAGUCCUAUGUUCUGAAACUUGUCAUUUCCUGGGUUUGGAGAUAACAAAGCCAGCAAUGGAAAUAAUAUCGGAAUUGGUGUAUAGAAAUAUCUGCUUAUAUGGAUCUGAUUUAGAGUCUUUUGCUAAGCACGCGAAACGUUCUACUAUCAAUGCGGAAGAUGUUAAGUUGCUGGUUCGUCGGAAUCCUUCAUUGAAAGCUCAUUUAAAUACUCUUGUACCGACACCGUCUUCGGCUGUGAAGGAAAAACGCCGAAAAACAGUCGUGCCUUUUACCAAACAAUCAGAGGUAACGGCCAAACCCAGAGAAGAACUGGAAAAUGAGAAUAAUACUAUAGCUGUAAUGCAAUCAAGAAAACCAGAAGAAUUUGAUGAUGCCAUGGCUGUGGAUAAUACUAUAGACUUAACUUUUGAAUAAAUGUAUUUCUUAAAUUC